UCAUGCCUACAUAGUAUAGUUGUCAAAAUGUUAUUCAAGUCAGGGCACAGCCUUAAAUUUUGUGUGUAUUCUUAUUUUAAACGUAACUUCUGCUGUAGUUCAAUAUGUCAUGCUGAAAAAAAUUCUAGGAGGCAAUACGUCAGAAAAUUUCUUCAUGUCCCAACUAUUGCAAAUACAGAUGCCAAUAAAUGCCAAAGCCAAAAUAUGUUCCUAAAUUCAGAUAUUAUAUUCCAUACACAUGCAGGAGUGUUCACAUACCUACCACUUGGGUUACGUGCCCUUGAGAAGCUGACACAUUUGAUUGACGAGGAGAUGCAGGAUAUUGGGGCACAGAAAAUUGCAAUGCCAACCUUGAUUAAAUCUUCAUUAUGGAAAAAAACAGAGAGAUGGGAAACAGAAGAAUUGUUUAAGAUUUUAGACAGACACAACAAAGAGUACUGUUUAGGUCCGACACAUGAAGAGGUAGUCACUUCCAUGAUUGCAGAUUGUGAUAUUUCAUCUAAAAUGUUUCCUUUAAUGUUGUAUCAGAUAACAAAAAAGUUCAGAGAUGAAAAGCACCCAAAGCAUGGUUUACUACGUGGAAGAGAGUUUGAAAUGAAAGAUAUGUACACAUUUGAUUCAAAUGAGAAAAACGCUAUGAAUACGUAUUAUCUGGUUUGUGAUGCAUACUGUAGAAUAUUUGAUAGACUUGGUGUCCAGUAUAUGAUGGUUGAAGGAAGCACCGGAAAUAUUGGCGGGUCCAUGUCACAUGAGUUCCAUAUACCAGCAUCUGUAGGGGAGGAUUCUAUAUAUAUGUGCAAUGAAUGUGGUUUUGGAACAAAUAAAGAAUUGAUAAGUGAGGAGACAUUAGAGAAAGAAGAUGUUGCUUGUUCUAAAUGUGAAGCUAAAAUGACAAAAUUCUCAGGAAUAGAGGUUGGCCAUGCGUUUCUUUUGGGAACAAAAUAUUCAGACAUUCUCGAAGCAACAUUUCAGGAUGGAAAUAAAAACAGAUCUCUACAGAUGGGAUGUUAUGGUUUAGGUGUAAGCAGGAUUUUACAAGCCAGUGUAGAAGUAUUAAGUAAAGAUGAAAACAUAAGAUGGCCAUCAUUGAUAGCACCUUUUCAAGUUUGCAUUAUCCCCCAAAUGGGAGGUUAUGGAGGUGAAAAAUUUACCCAGGUAGCAGAUGAAUUGAGUGAUGUAUUGACAAAACUACCUAACCUAAAAAAUGAAGUGGUAAUCGAUGACCGUGUCAAAUUAACGGUAGGAAACCGGAUGUUUGCAGCUAUGAAACAUGGUUAUCCAUAUAUUGUUGUUGUUGGCAAAAAGUGCCUUGUUGAACCAAAAUUGUAUGAAGUUAUAGACACAAUCACAGACAACACAGUGUUCAUGACAUUAGAACAAGUUAUUGAAAAAUUUAAACUGAUACAAACUAUAUGAAUUAAACACAAUGUACCUAUUAUAAUUGGAAAUAUUAAGAUGAUUGAGUGAAAAGAGUGACCUUCUUUUGUGAUGCAAAUAAAUUAUUCUGGAACUGUAUUAUAAAUGGUGGAAAGUAAUGGAAAUUAAGAUCUUUAAGGAGAGUUGUCUGAAGUGAAUAUGGAGAAGUGAAAUCCAUAGCCCAUACAGAUUAAUAAAAUCAUAAUAUUAAGUCACAGUAUAUCCAGUGUACAGUAUAAUUGAUUGUUUUAGUAAUUAUAUGUCCAACUCACAUCUAUAUAGAACGUUGUACCAUUCUGUCCUCUGGUGACUGCUUGAGGGCCAAUGGCACCCUUGUUGAUUUUGGGGUCAGUCUUUGAGGUCACUGUGGCCAUGAACACAAAAAGCUUGUUUGACUUAUAACUAUAGAAACCUUUGGCCUACAGUCAUAAGAAUUGUUUGGGAAGUAGAUGACUACAUGUAUUAAUUUUAACCUACAUUCUUAAGAUUUGUUGUCAAGAUUGGUCAUGACUAGAAGAUGAAUUUUGGGGACAUAACUUUUUGGUUUUCAUUAUGGAAGACAUACAUAUUUUACAAACAUUUCCUGUUAGUAGAUGGUUUUUAUAUCUAAAAUAUUUUAAUAUAAAGGAAAAAAGAACU